AUGAACCCCUCCUUCCUUGAACAGGUGCUCAGCUACCCGGAGCGUGAGACGCUCAUGGCAGAGUGUCCGGCCCUUGUACACUUCUUUUGGCGGGAAUUUGUUGCGGCGAUGCAGGGGGGAGGACGAGUUACUGAUCCCUUAAAUGCAGAUGACGCGGUGUCGGUCCUUCUGUCUGCAACAUCGGUAGGGGAAAUCACUGAGAGGGUUUUCUCAGAACCACGAGAAAACACAAUUGUGGGGCCAUUCUGGUGUACACUCCGCGAGGCACUCGAGUGUGUGUGGGACCCUGCACCGGAGUGCCCACGUCAGUGGCGUCUAUACGAAGUGGCCGGAAUUCCCCGACUGUAUGGACGAGAGAUGCCCCGGAUGCCGCUUGCAGAGGUAUCCAUGCAGAACACGCUCCACGCGAGUCGGAGUGUACUUCGCAUGGUAACAGCGUGCGCCCUCGCAGGGUCUAUUGAACCGCUGGGUGAUAAGCGUGGCAAACCGAUCGCCGCCAUGCUGCAGUUCUCCCGCCUCGUUCCUCCGCCCACGGAAGACAAGGGUAUAACCUCGGAUGGGCUAGGAUUUUGCAUGCAGCCACUACAACAGCAGUGGUGGAUACUGAUUUCAGUGGCUUUGGAUCGUGUCCUUGCUCUGACGAGUGUCAGUGGUGUAUCGCGCGCUCANCUUUGGCAGCUCCUGGCCGUUUUGUUUGAACUCGACUCAAGUCAAUUCAUUUACCGCUUUCCCACAAAGGAGAAGGAUCUGGCAGCAUUUCAGCUCCUGGCACGCCUCUCGGAGGUGGGACUUGUGUAUCCGCUGCUCUGCAAUGGCCAACAGUGUUUCGCGCUAUCGCCCCACUUUCAUCAUGGUAUCUGCUGGAGCAGCACGGCCCCGUUGUGCACAGCGGCGCUGCUCGAUGACGAGGGAAGCCCAUCCCAUCGGGUGCGUCGCGAGGACGAGGACACGAUCAUCACAGAGACGAACUUUCGACUCUAUGCUUAUACAAAGAAUCCAGACCUUCUAAACAUUCUUGAUCAAUUCGCCGUGAAGGAGUCUGAAGUGGAUAAAAUGAUUGCAUGCUACCGUGUAACACGGGCGUCCUUUGCAUCGGCAUUACAGAAGGGCAUCAGUGCGUCGCAUAUACUACGAUUUCUCGCAGUGAAGGCACAUCCGUCAAUGUUGAAGCACUACAACAGCAGUGGAGGUGAACCUUCAGAAGUGCCAUGCUCAACUGCAGCAGGCGUUGGAAAAGGACUUGGGAAUGUCUCGGAUGCCCGACUUCUCGCAGUUAUUCCCCAGUCGUUUUGCGAUCAGCUGCUGACGUGGGAGAAAGAAUGCCGGCGACUUAUAUUUAGUCAUGACCUUGUGUUGCUCCGAAAUGCCACUGGCACACAGCGGGAGGUACUGAUUGACUGCCUUUCUCGUUGUGGAGAAGGACAUGCGGUGGUGCAUGAAGACCACGGAUCCUUGAUUAUUCAUCGCGAUGUGUACGAGCGUGUGCUGGCUCCUCUGAUCUCAACCGGCUGA